AUGUACCAAAAAAGUGAUAGUAACGCGAUGGCAACAAGAGUCGUAUCGACAUACGUACAAGGAAACUUAUCUCGGCCAGUGUUGGUAUCGUUGUGUCAAAUCCAGAAUUUCAGUUUUAGUGGACCACCGAUUAGUGCCAAAAAGAAUGGGACUUUUUCAAUCAAUGAUAUUGAUGUAUCAACACAAAAGAUUUACAUAUCUACAAAUACAUACAAGAGUAACACUGAGGCGUCAUUUGAGCCAGUUACAUAUUUAAACGAGUUAGGAACAAAUUAUGACGAAACCAAGAAUGAAAGUGACUCAAACAAAUCAAAUUUGGGUUUAACUGUAAAAAAAGUUGAUAGAACGAGACUUUGGGUUUAUGCAGCUAUAACGUCGUUAAUUUUGAUCACAUUGUUAUUGAUAAUUAUCGUAACUAAAAGGAAAUCAAUUACAAGGUGGCUGAAAGGAGGUAGUUACGUAGUGCAAGAUGGUGGAGGCCUUACGGAAAUUUCUCUGCCAAUUCAAGCUGUGGAUAUGAGCUACCAAAGUAUUAUGGAAAAAAAGAACCACGAGCAUAAGUCACCAAAGCAUUCG